AUGUUCAAAUAUGACAAUUUCCGGCUCAUAGGGGCUUUACCCCUUUUUUCUUUACCCGUCGCGAUAAAAGAAAAGACGAGCACUCUCGUCGAACUUGCGCGCUAUAGACUAAUCCCAGGUCCACGGGCGCUUCUUCUGCCUCCAGAGAGAAAUUUCGCAAUCAGACGGCGUCAUUUCUCCCAGUUCUACCAAGCUUCAACUUUUUUCAUAUUUUCUUCAAAAUGAGAAACGAAUUUUCUUGACGAGCAAGAUUGGCUCCAGUUACAAAAUCAGUCCUUUACCCAUUUUUAUCAACGGGCAAAAAAUCCAAUGUUUUUUUAGGGUAAAUUUUCGCUUUGAAACUUAGAAUAUAAAAUUUGAUUUUCGCUAAAUUUGGUGUUGUUUUCAUUUUCAAUCGAUGAAAACUUUCAAUUUCUCGCGAUUCCAGUGAUGUUGCUUUUAUUUGACAGCCAAUUUUCGAAAUGAGCAGCGAUUAUUUCCUGUAUGACGGCAAUUUUUUUGAAUGUUUUUCUAAUAAUUUUGGCAACUUUGUGGACCGAAAAAGAUCUUUGAAAUACCUCACAGACGCGAGAAAAAAAUUCUAAACAAAUAAUCAAAAAAACUCUACUUUCAUUUGAAAGAUUGAAAAACUUUCUUCGUUUCAUUGUUUUUUUCUUGUUUUUUUUCUCAUUAAAAGUCACUAAUGUCUAGUUUUUUUCAGGUUGAACCAACGGUGUCUUGUAUAUAAACGACAUUUAAACGGGCCAAAGAAAAUAGUUUAGGUCAGUGACUUCUUAAUUUCCUCAACUUUCAAACAGUUUCCAUCUAAGAGUUCAUUUCAGAGGGGAAAUUGGAAAUGCGGAGCAUUUCGUCGCUUGAUGAAAAACCUCCAGCUCCGCCUAUUCGGUUCAGUAGCGCCGCCAAUCGCGAUCAGCAGGUUUGUCUCGUUUUUCCUCGAAUUCUCCUUACUUCUUAAUAUGGUCACGUUUUGCAAAAAUGUUUUCUGCUCCUACGCUUGGCGUGAAAUUGCGGGUAUUUAACUGUCGAAUCGAGAAAAAAUUCGCAACACUUACUGAAUGACCGUUUUUCUAUCCACUUGGUUUUUUUCCUGCGUUUUCCAGAACUAUUUCUGUCAAUUUUUUGAUUACUGUCAUCAUUCCUAAAUAUAGAAUUUUUCUGUUUCUCUGUUCAAGGAUUCAAUAUCAUUUCAAGCGUAUGAUCGUGAGAGAGUUGAGUCAUAACUAAUGGCCGUGAAAAUCAAAUCAGAUUAUUCCAAUGAUCUUGAAAGGGCUGAGUCAUCAUUAUUGGUUUCGAAAAUGAAACAAAUUUUUUGAUGGUUGUAGGAGGAGAUUCUUCUCAUGUUUCUGUCAUUUUCUUAUUUGCCCUCCCACACACAUGUGGAGCAUUCUCAUUUUUCAAAUCUUCGCAGUUGUCUUCCAUAAAAGAAUUAAAUUCAGGUCGUUGGAUUGAAGCCGCUGCCGAAAGAGCCACCAGAAGCUGUGAAAAAGAAGAAAACGAUGUCGAACCCAUUUCUUAAAAGUGUGUUUUUUUUUCUUGGCAUAACUAGUUUUUAAUAUUUUUCAGAGAACAAAGAGAAGAAAGAGAAUACGGAAAAACCAAUAAUCUCCAAGCCCAGCAAUUUCGAACACACCGUUCAUGUUGGUUACGAUCCCUCUACCGGUGAAUUUACGGUGGGUUCUUUAUUAUCAAGAUUUGAGUCAUCCCAUAUUAAUAAGUAAGCAAAACCUUAUUGAAACCGUGAUGAAAAUAGGAAUCAAAUAUGAAAAAAUAUCAAUAGCUUCCCUCUAAACAUUGUUUCAUUUGCGAAUUUGAGCAUUUUAUUGUUACAGGGGAUGCCAGAAGCUUGGGCAAGACUUCUCACAGAUUCGCAAAUUUCCAAGCAAGAACAACAGCAGAAUCCUCAAGCCGUCCUCGACGCUUUGAAGUAUUAUACUCAAGGAGAACCCAGUGGCCAGAAAUGGCUCCAGUAUGAUAUGAGUGAGUGCUUCUUGAUAUUUUAUUUAUUCAUUCGAGCAGAUUAGUCUUUUUUUGCAAGGUUUUUUUCAAAUGUUUGAACCUGUAGUUUUGUCAUGAGCUGUUACAAAAAAACUACCUUCAAGGGAGAAACCUUGACCGUCAUUUUUUUCAAUUUUUAUUGAAAAGGAAAUUUAAUAGAAAAAAAGCAGAGAAAUUUGGAAAUCGUAGGUUUUCAUUUGAGUGUAGGGGUUUUAGAAUUUUCAUAGAUUUUUGAAAAAAAGUCAUUUCAAGUUCGGUAACACAAUUCUUCACAAUGAGUGUAACUCAUUGCUCAAUCAGGGCGCGUUAAUCUCCUUCUGGAAAUGAAGAAAAAGCUGUAGCUAAUCGAAUUUUCAUAAAAUUUUUCGAAAUUGAUUACUAAUAUCAGAAAAAAAAAUUCAACCAGAUUACAACUUAUCAUGAUUUUAAAAAAAAUCGAGCCUGUUUGGUUAAAAAAUAACCGAAAAAGAACUCUGAAAAACUUCCCAGUAAGUGCCUUCGAACAUCACACGAGCUAUCGUGAGUGAAGAACACGAGAAAAAGUUCUUUCCCAAGAAACUCGAGUAUGUUGACAGUUUAACAACAGUGUUCAGUGUUUAUAGACGAUGCUCCGGCUCGGCCGUGGGCAGCGUCGACGGGAAUGAAGAACUGCUCGAGCUACAGCACGUCUUCUCUUCCACAUCAGAGUCACAACCUGACGCCGCUUCACAGUGCUUCUUCCUUUAGCCACGCUUCUUCUCAGCCUACUUUUUAUGGUAAUUAAUUAUGUAAAAACAGACGUUAAAACUUACCUCAAUGAAACCGGAGUCAAAUGAGAUUAAUUGCUGUUUGGGCAUCUCCUAAUUUUGAUGGUUGUGGUCAUUACUUCUCGACAUGAAAAGCGAGGAGGCAGAAAAUUGAGCGAUACGCGGUUCUUGGCUCUAUUCAAGUUCAAGAGCUACUGACUAUUUAGAAUGCUAGGUCACUAUUUUUUUUUAUCUAUUCUACUAUUUUUGAUCCGCGAGUGAUAAUGAAAUCAGUAGAAAACUUAAACAAGAAUGGAAAAAGCAAUAAAGGAACUCUCCAAAUUUUCACCAGCGGUUGAAUUGAACUUGUGCCAAGAACCGCUUACGCACACGCUACGCGUCCCACCUCCUUCUCUGCCUCUCUCACCUUUCAAAUAGUGAAAAAAUGACUAAAUAAAAUGUAGGAAGGCAACUCGACAUGUUGUUGUGUUCAUCUCUUUCAAACCACAUAUUCUUGAAAUGGAGAAUUAGUUUUUUGGGCAAACAAUGAAUACAUUUAUCGUUCUAGAAAAAACAAACUUUUCUUAUAGGAGAACAAAAAAUAUUUUCAUUCAUUCUCAUCCCAAAAUUCAGUAGUAUUUUGAGCUUCCAAGUUUAAAACCAAAAACUACCCUUUAACUUGAAACAUGUUUAUGAGAAGGAUUCCAGACAAGAACGGCACCAAACCGACGGCGCCAUCGCUGCCUCGUACGAACACUUAUGGCCAUCCCGUGAACGCUCCAUACAAGCCAAACGUCAAUGAAAACCGCACAAGCAUGCCACCGGUCAGUUUUUUUUUGUGAUUAUGACACACAGCUUCAAAAAAAAUCCCGACUCAUGCAAUUUUUCUUAUGAUGAUCACGAAUAUAAAACAUCAUUACGGACAAGUUCGAGUUUCACAGCUUAUUAAGGAAUCCACAGUCAAAAUAGAUCUUCUAGAAAACGCCCAACUCUUAUUGAAAUUGAAAAUUACCCAUUCAACUUCAGAACUAUGCUCCUCCUCCGGUGCCCAACGAGGAUCCAGCCGAAACCGUUCCUCCCCCGAUUCCUGACCGACCGGCCAGAACGCUUAGUAUUGUGAGUUACCGUACCCUUCACCUCAUAAAAGAUCCUUCCUUUCCAGUACACCAAGCCGAAAGAAGAAGAAGAAAGAAUUCCAGACCUUUCUCAGGGUAAAUUUGGCGUGCAGUCAAGAAACGCCAAAGGAAAACGAAAGAUGACAGAUGCCGAGGUUUUUCUCAAUUUUGAACUGAGAAGAGAAAUUAUUUUGUCAGGUUCUUGCAAAACUGCGAACCAUCGUCACUAUCGGCAAUCCCGACAGGAAGUACAAAAAAGUCGAUAAGAUCGGAUCGGGGUAAUUUUACAACUUAAUAUUGUGAAAAAUUCAUUCCUUGAAUUCAGUGCUUCGGGAUCUGUGUUCACGGCUAUCGAGAUGAGUACCGGGGCAGAAGUUGCUAUUAAACAGAUGAACUUGAAGGUAAUUUCUUGUAAAAAAACGGCCUGGAAUAAAAAAAGUUUUUUUACUGGGUAAUUUUUGAUCCAAUUCAACAGAAAAAAAUAACUGCAUAGAUUUUUGAAUAAAAAUUAUAACUCGAGAAUUUUCCCAUGAAAAAAAGAGAAAUUGAAUGAUACUCCAUUCACCGCUAACCCACAGCGUAAAAUUACAAAGAUGUUCGUAACCUCACUUUUUCUCACAAAUUUCUCUCACAAUGGGGAAAUUCCUAAUAAAAAUCAUCACAAGCAAUAAGUGUAUGAAUCUCAUGUAUCCUUGCCAGUUUUAUUGAGAAAAUAGUUUUUCCAGGACCAACCAAAGAAGGAGCUGAUCAUCAAUGAAAUCCUCGUGAUGCGCGAGAAUAAGCACGCCAACAUUGUCAAUUACCUGGAUUCCUACCUAGUUGGGGAAGAACUUUGGGUAAGCUUUCUGAACGAUUUGAACUUCAUGAGAAAGAAAGUAUUUCAGGUCGUUAUGGAAUACCUGGCUGGCGGGUCACUCACUGACGUCGUGACGGAGUGUCAGAUGGAAGAAGGCAUGAUUGCGGCCGUUUGUCGAGAGGUUUCCUUUUUUCAAAUUCAACUCAUACACUGACAAUAAAAAAUUGCAGGUCCUUCAAGCUCUCGAAUUUCUCCACAGCCGUCAUGUGAUCCACCGGGACAUCAAAUCCGACAAUAUUCUGCUGGGAAUGGAUGGAUCAGUCAAAUUAAGUGAGUUUUGGGUAAAACUCGAACUCAUAGUCUAACUAUUUUGUGGCUUAUAUCAUGAAAAGAAAAUAAAUUUUCUAGCCUGAUAAAAACUCAAUUUUCAGCUGAUUUUGGUUUCUGCGCUCAAAUUUCCCCUGAACAAAGCAAGCGCACAACAAUGGUCGGAACUCCUUAUUGGGUAUGUCGUAUUCAAAUCUUCCUUCGAUAAUUUUUGAAUACUUUAAAGAUGGCGCCAGAAGUUGUAACCAGAAAGCAAUACGGACCGAAGGUCGAUGUUUGGUCGCUGGGCAUCAUGGCCAUCGAAAUGGUGGAAGGCGAGCCGCCUUACCUCAACGAAAAUCCUUUGAGGGUGCGUUUUGUUUUUAUUUUUUUUUCUUCUAAGUGUCAGUUUUCCAAUUUCAGGCCAUUUAUCUGAUUGCUACAAAUGGAAAACCCGAUUUUCCCGGCCGUGACAGCUUGACCAACCAUUUCAAGGUAGUUUUUUAAUGAAGCCUUUAGAAGUUAGGCAAAAUCACAGCAGUCGGUAAAGUCCUUUUAGGUACUUAAAGACGAUUGAAAAAACGAAAAUAAUGCAGAAAAAAAACUGUAGGUUUUGCUUUUGAACUGGUAAUGUAUAGUCUGUGUGCCACGACUUGGAAUUUCACGGAACGACAUUCCGCUGUUCCUCUGCGUGCGUUCGCAAAGCGUCUUUCGAAUUUAGGUCACGCUUUCAAAUGAUUGUUAUUGCUGUGGGAGCACAUGAAAGAAGAGUACCUCAAUAAAAGAAAAUUAAAAUUAAAACGCGACCAAGGUUCGCAAAGGCGCGCAGCGGCACAGCGGAAUGUCGUUCCGUGAAAUUUCAAGUCGUGGCACACAGACUAUAUUCAUUUAAUUUUAUUUCGCAUCACUUCGAAGCCAAUAAAGAAAGUUAUGGCACAUCCAUUUAGUUUGAAUAGUGAAAAAUUAUCAACCCAUGAUCAAAAAAGUUGUUGUUUUUUUGAUUUUCUGAGAAAUGUCCUCAGAAUCCACUAGCCUAUUUUGAAUAAUUAAAAGAGUCUUCCUACAGGAUUUCAUCGACUCGGCCCUCGAAGUCUGCGUCGACAAUCGCUGGUCCGCAAACCAACUUCUGACUCAUCCGUUCCUUAGAACCGCAAAGCCCUUAGCUUCUCUUUAUUACUUGAUUGUCGCUGCCAAGAAAAGUAUUGCGAAUUCAACCUGA